AUGAAAUUAUUGUUUCUGUUCUCCGUAUUUCUCCACUUCAUCGUCGCGACAGCUUCACCUCAACAACAGCCAGAUAACCAUGGUAGCAUAGUGCAUAACUGCAGGGAUUAUCGCACGGUAUCAAAGGAAUUAUUCUUAUCGCUCGAAGAGCUGUCCCGUAUCGUCGAUAUAACAUAUUGCGUCGGCACAACAGGCGUGUACAAGCCCUUCCAAUGUCUCGGACGUUGUCAUGAAUUUGAAGGCUUUGAACUGGUUACAACCUGGAAUACAGGCCCCCUGCUCUCCGACUCGUGCGGCUUCCUCGUCCUCUCCCACUCACCAUGGCCCAAACGUAUCAUCAUAGGAUUCCGUGGCACCUAUUCGAUAUCAAACACCAUCGUUGACCUGUCCGCCAUCCCGCAAGUAUAUAUUCCAUACCCAGGCAAUAAACCCUCAGAUCCACACCAGCGCCCCUGCACGAACUGCACCGUCCACGCGGGUUUCAUGCAGUCUUGGCUUAACGCUAGAAACAUAUUGCUCCAUCCGCUGGAACAGACUAUAGCCCAUUAUCCAGACUACCAAUUGGUGGUGGUGGGACACUCGUUGGGUGGCGCCGUUGCGGCCGUUGCCGGUCUUGAGUUUCAGAUUCGAGGCUGGCAACCGCAGGUAACGACGUUUGGGGAACCGAAGGUUGGGAAUCGAGGACUUGUAGAGUAUCUUAACGAGGCAUUCCAGCUGAGCAAUGCAUCGUCCUCGUCGUUGUCGACUGAUUAUUCUUCCAGAGGUCACAAUUACAGUGGCAACAGAUACAACCAGAACAAGACCUCAUCCUACCACCGCGUCACGCACAUCAAUGACCCAGUCCCCCUUUUACCCCUGACAGAAUGGGGCUACAGGCCUCAUGCAGGCGAAAUCUAUAUCUCAAAAUCCGAUCUCCCGCCAAACAUCUCUGAUCUGUGCCACUGCAUUGGAGAUGCGGAUCCAGAGUGCAUCGCUGGUUCUGAGGUAGCGGAUGAGGGAUACUUACGAAUCUUAUCAUCAGGCUUAUCAAAACUUACCGGCUCGAAUGAUGCUCCCGUGAAAGGAAAAGAACGGGAUGAAGGCGAUUCCCUUUUAGCUGCUCAGCAACGACCCUUGUUGCCAUCGAUGGUAGUCCAAGUUCAGGACGACGGGGAAUUAUCGACAGAUGCGAACCUAAUCCCGGCCCGCUAUAGGUUAUGGGAACUGCUGUUCUCUCAUCGGGAUUAUUUUUGGCGAUUGGGCGUGUGUUUGCCGUCGCCAAACUGGGAGAAGAAGGGUCCUGGUUGGCGUCUACAUUGGAAAUGGCCGUUGAAGUGGAAGUUGCCUUGGAAAAGUCGGCGGGUUGGAAGUUGUGGAGGAGGUGGUGAGAUGGGUUAA